GAACCGGCGUGUGGUGGGAGUCUGGCCGGCACUGCGCAGACGAGGGAGCCGGGCGUACGAAGCAGACGUGUUUGCUCUGACACCUGCAGCGUCUCGCUGCAGCAAAAUGAGCAGUGCCGUGCUGCACGCCCUCCGGCGAGGUGGCGGGGUGGCCCUGGGGUUCUCGGGAGGAAAGGACGCUGUCAAGCCAAGCCCUGCCAGGCUGCCCUUGCCACCGCCGCUAUCCUUGUCUGGCGACGCGGUGGCUGUACAGGGCAAAGCAAUGUUCGGAGGGAUUUAUCUCCCUACAGAGGAGAUGUUGCCCUGUGGGAGCUUCCUCAGGAGAAGCAGAGGGAUGUCCCCGUGCCUAGAAAUCAUGGAGGGAGGAUGAAGGGUGAGGAAGCGCCCUGCAGUUGGGGGAUGGCUCGCACAGGACAAGGUGGUGGGACUGGGCCAGCGAACGUGUCCCUUGCAGAGAAACUCUGGGUGUGAUGCUCUGAGAGGGGUCUUGGAGGUGGAAAGCGCCUGGGGGGGUCCGUGCCCCCAGCCUGGCUCCUGGGGCGAUGGUGGCAGCAGCAGGCAGAGGUGAGCGGGGCUGGUGUGGGGCCAGCCCCGUUUCAGGGCCCCCGACAGCGUGGGAGAGCAGGGAGGUGCCGGCUUGCAACACGGACACGGCAGACCACAGCAGAGAAGUUGCAAACGAGUCACGGACCCGCAGUGCCUGCAGACACGGAAAAGGCAAUCCACCGAACCCACAAAACACCCGGUCUCGAUGGUUGCAGCCGAGUAGCUGCACGCCUGCUUCUGCAUUGCCCUGGGCCGUGCCACAGGGCCUUCCUCCUGCGUCGUGCCCUGGAAGGGCGGUAGGGAGAGACGAGAGCAGCGAGCCUUGCAAGGGCACCGUGGGCAGAGCGACCGCCCACGCUGCUGAGUCUGUGGGACGUGAACCACCCCCCCACCCCCCCAGCCAGUUCCCCAGCGUGAGGCUGCUGUGCUGCACCAAAAGGCUGCAGGGAACAGGGGAGCAGCGUGCUGCCAGCACGGCCCCGGCGGUGCUGCGGCGCUGCAGAUGCGGUACGACGCAGGAAAGGAUGGCUUCAUUGACCUGAUGGAGCUGAAGCUGAUGAUGGAGAAGCUGGGGGCACCACAGACGCACCUGGGGCUGAAGAACAUGAUCAAGGAAGUGGAUGAAGACCUGGACAGCAAGCUCAGCUUUCGGGAGUUCCUGCUGAUUUUCCGCAAGGCGGCGGCAGGCGAGCUGCAGGAGGACAGUGGGCUGCACGCUCUGGCCCGGCUCUCGGAGAUCGACGUCUCCACGGAGGGAGUGAAAGGUGCCAAGAGCUUCUUUGAGGCCAAGGUGCAAGCCAUCCAUGAUGCCAGCCGCUUUGAGGAGGAGAUCAAGGCAGAGCAGGAGGAGAAGAAGAAGCAGGCGGAGGAGCUGAAGCAGAGGAAGGCAGCAUUCAAGGAGCUGCAGUCCACCUUCAAGCAGUGACGGGCUGCUGCCACCACGGGGCCGGGCAGGACUGGUCGGCGGUGCCUGGGCCAGGAAUGUUGUGCGUGCCAUGUGCCGACUGUGCCGGGAACGAUGCCCGAGCCGUGCGCUGCCUGUGACUCCCCGAAGGCCGCGCUGCUGGCAGGCUCCUGGCCCGGGCUCGGCACCGUGCCCGCCUUGCUGGCAGAGCCCGGUCGGCCCCGGCUCCCCCCUCCCUUCCUCCUCACCCUUCCUGUGGUGUCCGUAGGUGUUGUUUGUGCCCCCCCGUGUCCCCAGCGUGCCCCCCCCGCCGAGCUGCUCCCGGCUCGAGGAGCCGCGUCCUGGCCCCGGGCUGUCGCGUGUUGUGCAUGCGCUGUGGGGUUGGCGGGACAGGGGCUUGCCCGGGCGGCCGUGCCAGGUGUCAUGACAGUCACGCCACCUCGGUGCCUGUCGGCAUCGCUGCGUGCGGCUGCCUUACCGCUGCAUGCCGUGAUGCCCGUGCUGAAAGCUGGGCGUGCUACGGGCGAGGGUGGCGAUGGCCGGGUGCCAGCGGAGGGGCUGCGUGUGCGUGCGUGCGGUGCUCGGGGGUGGGAGCCCACCCCGCUGGCGUGCGGCCCCCGAGGGGCCGAGCGGGACUGCACCUGCUUGCCUGUAUGUCUCUGUGUGUUGGUAAAGGGUGUUCGGAGAGGCAGCCGCUGGCUCGCAAAGCUGUCUUUGGUUUUUCCGUGUUGUGUUUGGCCCAGGAGGAGGGUGGGUGUUUGUAGCCACGAGCGGUGUCCGUCGGUCAAUUUGAAGCUCCUGUGUUUGUGGGUGGCUGUAAAGAGGCGCAUCUGUCCCGCAGCGGUACCGGGGGGAGCGUGUUUUGGUUUUUUUAUUUUAAUCCCAAAUAAAUAUAACUAUAUUUCG